GUGUAGGAAGUAAAUUCCACAGCUCGUUGUUGUUGUUGUUGUUGUUGUGAAUCUUCAAGUAAACCUUAAAUACUGUUUACAUGUGUAUGUUCAAUACUGUUUACAUGUGUAUGUUCAGUACACUGACUGCCUCUGUGUGCUCCGCUGCUCUCCUCUGGUUUCUGAGCAGUUCAACCGACCCGAAGAACUGUAACAUAACAACCUCCGGUCCGUGAAACUGACAAGGUAACGGUGGUAACGGUGGUAACGGUGGUAACGGUCCAUGAGUCGCAGUCGAAACCCCCCUCCCCGGGGUCAAGGGGCAGCGCGAGCCCAACAGAUGGGGCUGCUCCUGGACCUGUCCCCGGGUGGAGGGAUGAAUGAUGAGGGCAAUGAUGAAGAGCUGGAGGCAGAGCUGAUGAAUCUGGUGGGAGGAGGUGGAGGAGGUGGGAGAUCGCAAGGGAAGAAAGCUCCUGUUCCCAUGGCUGAAAUAGAGCGAAUGGCAGCUCUUUGUAUGAAAGACCUGGAUGAUGAGGACAUUGGGGAUGACGAUUUGGAUGAUGAUGAUCUGCUGGCCGAACUGAAUGAGGUUUUAGAGGAUGAUGAGGAACAAACUCCUGCUCCCACACCUCCUGCUGUCACUCCGACUGCUCCCAAAGUCAGCGUCACAUCCCACUCUGCUCCUCCUGCUGCUCCCAGUGGUGCAACUGGGAUGGAGUCCAUCCUUUUGGAGCGCAUUGAAAUGUAUAAGACUGCCAUUUCUAACGGCAAGGCUGCGGGAGAGACUAGCAAAGUUCGAAGAUACGACCGUGGGUUGAAGACACUGCAGUCCAUGUUGACAUCUGUCAGGAAAGGAAAGCCUGUCAAUGAGGAGGAGAUCCCGCCUCCUGUCGCCCUCGGUGGAAAAUCCAACGUCCCAGCUGAGUCUGACCCGAUCAAGGAGCGAGAACUGCCCCAGCCCACACUGUUGCCCUCUCCCCCCACAAAUCAGAAACCUCUAAGAGAGGCUGCGCCGACAGCUCCUAAUAUGAAGCCAGUUCACCUGACCCCGCCUCAAAAGACCACUGCUGCCAUCACCCCAGGAACACCUGCCAUCUCUCCUCUCACCCCCAGCCAGCCUGAUGCACAGCACUCAGAGGGGAAACAGGCAGUACUGACCAGACAGAGGGAGUAUAAGAUGGCCGCCAUACACGCCAAACAGAGCGGCGACAUUGACCAGGCCAAACUGCACUAUCAUACUGCCAAGAAGCUGGACGUGCUGCUGGAAGAAAUGGACAGCGGCAAACCAGUAGACCUGAGCUCACUACCUCCUCCUCCUGGAGAUGUAGUAGCAGAACACCGUGCACCUCCUCCUCCUCAGUCUUCCUCUAAACCUACUGCUCCUGCUGCCCCUGCUGCUCCUGCACCCGCCCAGGUGGCCACUGCCGACCUGCCUGCUCCCAGCAGUUUGGCAGAAGCCCUGCAGCAGAGGAUGGACAUAUACAAGUCAGCAGCAGAGGGAGCCAAGAGCAAAGGAGAUGACCGUAAGGCUCGCAUGCACCAGCGCAUUGUCAAGCAAUACCAAGAUGCCAUCAGAGCUCACAAAGCUGGACGACCUGUCAGCUUGUCAGACCUACCUGUGCCACCAGGCUGCCCACCACUUCAGGGCUCAGAGGGGGGUCAGCAGAACUUCCUGGGUGUCCUGGAAACUGCUAUGAAAAUAGCUAAUCAGGAUGGAGAUGGAGAAGAUGAAGAAGAGGAUGGACAAAGAGAGGCUGCCAAGCCUGCAGUGCGUCCACCGGCCCAGAAAGCAAAGUCUCCAGCUCCUCAGGCCCCUGGAGGCUCCUCAACUCUAAAACUGGGUACUAAAGCUCAGCAGCAAGUGGAUUUUCUGUUGCUAAGGCGACAGGCUUUUUUGCGUGCAGCACUGCGCUCCAAACAGAUGAAGGACAUGAACGGAGCAGCGCAGCACCUCAGACAUGCCAAGGGUCUGGACCCCAUGAUCACCGCUGCCAAGUCUGGCCUUCCUGUUGAUAUCACCAAGAUUCCCAGUGCUCCAGUCAGCGAGGAGGAUUACACCCUGGCUCGCUCCCGUACCUCCCCUCUCUCUCCUCGCUCCAGUGAACAGUACCACGGCCUUAUGGAUCUGUUGCGGAAGCAGCAUGAGAAAUGUCUGGGCUACACUCAGCAGUUCAUACUCAUGGGCAAUGUGGCUGAGGCUCUGAAGUUUGAGAAGCUAGCUGAGGAAUGUAUGAAGAACAUAGAUGUACUGAAGAAUUCCUACACCAAGGGCCAGCCAGUGCCCAAGUGCCGCACGGAGGAGAGGACCUUCAACACUGUCAAGAUCCACUCCAGCCUGACAGCUAGUGAGCUGAUGCUGUACAUCAUCAGAGGCAUCAACCUACCGGCUCCAUCAGGUGUCUCACCUAACGAUUUAGAUGCCAGUGUGAAGUUUGAGUUUCCUUUUCCCAGUGCGGAGGAGGCUCAGAGGGACAAAACCAGCACAGUAAAGAGCACCAGCAGUCCAGAGUUUAAAGAGCAGUUCAAACUUCAAAUCAACCGCACAAACAGAGGGUUCAAACGAGUCGUCCAGUCCAAAGGCAUCAAGUUUGAAAUCAUCCACAAGGGAGGCCUGUUUAAGACAGACAAAGUAGUGGGCACUGCUCAGCUCAAGCUAGAGGCUCUAGACAACCACAGUGACAUCAGAGAAAUCAUAGAGGUGAUGGAUGGACGUAAAGCUACAGGUGGCAAGUUGGAAGUGAGGGUGAAGAUCAGAGAGCCAAUAUCAGGAGCUGAUCUCCAGCCAGUCACAGAAAAGUGGUUGGUUCUCGAUCCUGUGUCCUCCCUUUCUCCUCCAGAAAGACAAAAGGAACGGGCUCCAUCUCCUCGGUCUAAACCAAGACAUGAAGCACCCAGCAGGAGCAGUCAUCCCAGCAACUCCCCUCCACAGUACAAACUCCACAGCUUCAGCCUCCUCAACUAUGAUAAGGACCGGCUGGAGAGAAAGAUGGCAGAGUACCGAAAGACGCGACGGGACCCCCCAUCUGACCUCAUCCAUCAACACAAAGAGGUCACACACAGACUGCAGUGGCAGAAAGCCCAGCUGGAGCGAGCCUCUCCUGCUCUGCUGACAGAGUAUGAAAAUGUGCUGCGGAGAUUAGUCCAAGGACUUUCUGACUCUGUGAAGAAAUACUCCAGCCAAGGCAACAGAGACGUUGCCAAGGAUGCACUGGGCAGGUUGAAGAUGGUAGAGAGUGAGCUGGAAUCGCUGCAAAGGAAACGCACUGGAUGAGAGGAGAGUAAAGGAAUGGAGACUUGGCUGAAAUACUGUUAUAUUCUCUCUCUCUCUCUCUCUGACUCUGACUCUGACUCUCUCUCUCUCCCGCUUCUCUCUCUCUC